GCAGCUCUAAUGAAACGAAUCGUUUUUGGUGCAACGUCGUUUGUCACAUCUGGGCUUCCGUACUGUUGAAGCGGCGUUGUGUUGACUAAUGUCUAAAGAUGGCAGAGCUGACUACAUUAGAGAGUCUGCUGGAGAUGGGAUUUGACAGGAAUAGAGCAGAGAGAGCUGUGGCCAACACCGGAAACCAGGGAAUCGAGCAGGCAAUGGACUGGUUAAUGGAGCAUGAAAAUGACCCAGACAUCGAUGAGCCCUUUGUGCCACCUGCAGAGAAUGUCCUGGGAGGCACAGCAGAAGUUCCUCCGAGUUCAGAAAUGACAGAUUUAGAUCCUGAUGAAGCGAGUGGAGACAUCAUUAAUCCUGACGGUUCAAAACGGCCAAUGACUGAAGAAGAGAAGAGGGAACAAGUUAAAAGACUUGAAGAACUGAUGCGAGUCAAGCAAGCCGAGAGGAGAGAGCGUGAAAAGGCUGAGGAGAUUGAAAGGGAAAAGACUCGAAGGAAACAAGGACAAGAGCUGCAGCAAAUUCGUCAGAAGCUGCAGGAGGAUGAUAUGAAGAAAUUAGCUGAUCAAAGGAGAAAAGAGAAAAUGGAAGACAAACUAGCAAGGCAAAGGGUUAAAGAAAAAAUUGCCAGAGACAGAGAAGAAAGAGCUCAAAAGUUUGGGGGUGGUGCAUCAUCAUCCCAGCCAAGUCCCACAUCGCCUCCUGGUCAGGGUCCUCCACCCACAAAAAGAGAGUACGAUGAAUCUCGGAUACAGAUUCGUUUGCUGGAUGGCUCAACUAUCACCACAUCUUUCAAGGCUCAGGAGCCUUUGGCGGCUGUCCGUGUGUAUGUUCAAAUGAAUGGAAAUACACCAGAAGGCCAGGACUUUUCACUUCUCUCACCAUAUCCCCGUCACCACUACACAGAGCUGGAUAUGGAGAAGCCACUUAAAGAACUGGGUUUGGUGCCUUCAGCUGUGUUGGUAGUUACCAAAAAGUAAAUGUACUCUAAUCUCUCUACGAGCCUACCUUACCUCAAUAACAACAGAUGAAAAAACAACAAUUGACUCCAACGUCUUAGCAUCAUUCAAUAAACCAAACAACAAAUCAUCUUUAGAAGGAUGGUAUUACAGUACUGGAGUUAACACUGAAGGCAAUCGAGGAAUUGAGGUUUUUAACAUUUAAAGAGUUGAAACUUUAUUGUUACGUUUUCACAAAUAUACUUAAAUAAACAUUACAAAAGAUGCACCUGAUUGUUUCUACAAAGGUCCUGUGGUCAUAAUUUGGUGAUAACUAUAUUUGCCAAUUCCAAAAUCACAAAGCAGAUCAAAAAGUCUUCAUGGCAAAGACAUUUGUAUUUUCUUUAUAAAUGAAAAGAGGGUUUAAAAAAUAAUUAUAGUGUAAUGUUUAAUUAGAUAUGUCAUUCAUUUUCAAAAACUUAUCUGCUUUAUGGUGUUGGACUUUUUCUGAAAACAACUGCAUAUGUUUUAAUGAUGUGCAUUUGACAUUUUCCAAUAAAAUAUCUACACAAAUGACAA